AUGUCUUCAGCAUCAGAAAACCGUCCACCGAGCCCUUCAACAAAUACUCCCAUCGAGCGUCUAGCCACACACACAACUACCAGUAGUUCCGAAGGCCCGGCUUUCGAACCCAUUCGAACCAGAAAAACGAGAGACACGGUGGACUAUCAGUUUGAACACGAUGACGAUGCGACGCGCGAUGAGCUUGCCCGAAUCGCCUCGAUCCUCUCUGGCAAUCGAUCAACUCGGACUAACACUACCCCAACCCUGCAAAGACUUGACACCGUUGCAGGAAUGGGAAUCGAAUCACCAGAGUUUGACCCAAAUGAUCCAUCCUUUGAUUUCUUCCUGUGGAUGAGGAAGUUCAUUCAGCUACUAGAGCAGAGCGGCGUCAAAUUGAGGAGAAGCGGCUUCACCUUCAAAAAUCUUACUGUCUCUGGAAAGGGCGCCGCUUUGCAGCUUCAACAGAAUGUUGGAUCCAUCUUCAUGCAGCCUUUCCGUCUUCGUGAAGCAUUUAGCCACCCCCCUGAGAAGCAAAUUCUACAAAAUUUCAACGGACAUGUCGACAGCGGCGAGCUAUUGAUUGUGCUUGGCCGACCUGGAAGUGGCUGCUCUACUUUCCUCAAAAGUAUUUGUGGUGAACUUCAAGGCUUGAAUCUAUCCGAUGAUGCAAGCAUCACCUACAGCGGCAUUCCGCAGGAUGUUUUCUUGAAAGAGUUCAAGGGUGAAGCGAUCUACAACCAGGAGAACGAGAAACACUUCCCGCAUUUGACAGUUGGCGAGACCUUAAAUUUUGCUGCUGCUUGCCGCACGCCUGCCAAUAGAGUACUUGAUGUUCCUCGAGACGAUUGGGCAAAAUACAUGGCAUCGGUGAUGAUGAAUAUCUUUGGGCUAUGUGAGUACUCUCCAUCACCUCAUACGACCUCCUCCAUACCUCAAGCCAUUUUAGGAACCUUGUUGCUAACGGAAUCAGCUCAUACACGCAACACCAAAGUUGGAGAUGAUUUUGUGAGAGGCGUCAGUGGAGGAGAGAGAAAACGAGUGAGCAUUGCUGAAAUGGCUUUAGCUGGCCCCCCAAUUGCUGCUUGGGACAACUCGACGCGAGGUCUCGACUCUCAAACUGCUCUCGAAUUUGUCCGAUCUCUUCGAAUCGCCGCUGACAUUGGAGGCCUGACGUCACUUAUUGCGAUUUAUCAAGCAUCUCAAGCGAUUUACGAUUUGUGUGACAAGGCUAUUGUGCUUUACGAAGGCAAGCAAAUCUACUUCGGGCCUGCUGAUGGUGCUCGUGCAUACUUUGAGCAGAUGGGCUGGUAUUGUCCACCGAGGCAAACUACUGGUGACUUUUUAACAUCGGUCACCAAUCCGGGCGAGAGACAAGCCCGGGAAGGAUUUGAAUCCAGAGUUCCUCGUACUGCCGAAGACUUCGAGAAGCAUUGGCUCAACAGCCCAGAGUUCAAAGCUUCAUUAAACGAGUCAAGCAAGGCAGAAGACGCGGAUCAAGAUGGCAGAGAAGCCCUCCAAGAUUUCAGAGAAUCUCAUAGGCAAAUGCAAGCUGAUCACACUCGACCAAAGUCGCCUUAUGUUAUUAGCAUCCCAAUGCAGAUCCGCCUCUGUACGACCCGGGCUUACCAAAGACUAUGGAAUGAUAAAGCUUCGACCAUUGCUGUUGUCUUCAGCCAGAUCGCACAAGCUCUCAUCAUAGGUUCUGUCUUCUAUGGUACUCCUCUCUCCACCGGCAGUUUCUUUGCAAAGGGUUCCGUUCUUUUCUUUGCAGUUCUACUGAGUGCCCUUCAAUCUAUUGUUGAGAUCAAUACUCUCUACGCUCAACGACCGGUGGUCACGAAGCAUAAAUCAUUUGCCCUCUACCACCCCUUUACAGAGGCUGUUGCAGGUAUCGUGGCGGAUUUGCCUCAAAAAUUUGUGGUUACUUCCGUCUUCAAUUUGAUUCUCUAUUUCCUGGCGGGCCUGCGCGCAGAACCCUCGCAAUUCUUUAUCUUCUUCUUGUUCAACUUCAUGUCAAUGUUGACCAUGUCUGCUAUCUUCCGGACCACUGCGGCAGUCACGAAAACCAUCUCGGCAGCUCUGGCUAUCGCUGGCGUCAUGGUUCUUUGGAUUGUCAUCUACACCGGCUUCACUUUGCAGCGGUCAUAUAUGCAUCCGUGGUUCAAAUGGUCCAGCUGGAUUAACCCUAUCGCCUUUGCUUUCGAGAGUCUUCUGGUCAAUGAGGUGCAUGGCAGAGAAUUUCCUUGUGCGCCAACAAGUCUUGUACCGCCUUAUGGUCAAGGGUCAAAUUUUCAGUGCGCCGUGGCAGGUGCUGUGGCGGGCGAGAUCAAUGUAUCCGGAGACGCGUGGGUCCAAUCAUCUUAUGGCUAUUCCUACAGUCACAUUUGGCGGAAUUUGGGUUUCCUUUUCGCCUUCAUGAUAUUUUUCUAUGCCGUGUAUUUUAUCGCCAGCGAGAUCAACUCCGAUUCGACCUCAACCGCAGAAUUUUUGGUGUUUCGAAGAGGUCAUGUUCCGGCUCAUCUGUUAUCCAAAGACCGGCAAGAUGAAGAAACCUCAGCCAUUGCCGAGAAAGGUGCUCCUGCAGAGAAUCCAACAGACGGUGCGAACGAGGAGGCAGUCACAGCUCUGCCAGAGCAGAAGGAUAUAUUCACCUGGCGUAAUGUCACACUCGACAUCAAAAUUAAAGGUGAACCACGAAGGCUACUCGACGGAAUCUCAGGCUGGGUCAAGCCGGGCACUUUGACAGCCCUUAUGGGGACAUCGGGCGCCGGGAAAACUACACUGCUCGACGCUUUGGCACAGAGGAUUAGUAUCGGAGUUUUGACAGGCGACAUGCUUGUCAACGGAAAACCACUCGAUGCUUCGUUUCAGCGGAAAACAGGCUAUGUACAGCAACAAGAUCUUCAUUUAGAGACCGCUACUGUUCGCGAAGCACUUCGCUUCUCAGCACAUCUUCGUCAACCCAAGUCCGUUUCCAUCCAGGAGAAAAAUGACUUUGUGGAGGAGGUCAUCAAAAUGUUGAACAUGGAAGCGUUCAGCGAAGCCAUUGUCGGCAAUCCUGGAGAAGGCCUGAAUGUAGAGCAGCGAAAGUUACUUACCAUUGGAGUCGAGCUUGCAGCAAAACCUGCUCUUCUUAUAUUUCUUGACGAGCCGACUUCUGGUCUGGAUUCACAAAGCUCUUGGUCUAUUGUUGCAUUUCUUCGCAGGCUCGCGGAUGCUGGGCAAGCCGUGUUAUGCACUAUCCAUCAACCAUCCGCCAUUCUCUUUCAAGAAUUCGACAGGCUACUUUUCCUGAUGAAGGGUGGGAAAACCAUUUACUUUGGUGACAUUGGAAAGAAUUCCAGUACACUACUCGAUUACUUCGAGAGGAAUGGUGCGCCGAGAUGUGAUGAUGAUGCCAACCCAGCAGAAUACAUGCUUGAAAUUUGUGGCAAGAAGUCCGAUCGUGAUUGGAGUGAAGUGUGGAAAACAACACCAGAGGCUCAAGGCGUUCAGGAGGAGCUCGAACGACUCCAUCAAGCAAGGGUGGACGAGCGUCCAGCCGAUGAUGGAUCUCGCUCGGAGUUCGCCAUGCCACUAUCAUCACAGCUUUACUAUGUUACGGAGAGAGUCUUUCAGCAGUAUUGGCGGACUCCUUCUUACAUUUCGGGGAAGUAA